AUGAAGCGAAACGUAUUGCGUAAAACAUGGACUAGUAUCGCAAAGAAUAACACCUCGGAAGUGAGGUACGUGUUUCUGUUAGGGAAACACGAUGACCCAAACUGGAAUAAUAAAAUCGUAGAAGAAGCAAAACAGUAUGGAGAUAUCAUUAUCAAGGAUUUCAAGGACACCUACAGACAUUUAACGUAUAAGACAAUAUCUGGUUUUCAGUGGGCAGUUGGAUUUUGCCCAAACGCUCAAUACAUUAUGAAAACAGAUGAAGAUAUGUGGGUCAACACACCAAAAUUGCUACAAGAUAUAGACUCCUGGAAAAUUAGUAAAGAAGUGAUAGGAUAUUGUCAUUCAACAGCUGCUCCAAUUCGGGACAAGAAGUCAAAAUGGUAUGCGUCUCCAUUAGAGUAUCCAGAGAAACAAUACCCAGGCUUCUGCUCAGGUACCGGCUACGUCACCACUAUGAGCGUCGCGCAGGCCAUUGUCGGUGUCUCACCACACAUACCAUACUUCUAUCUUGAAGACGUCUAUGUCGCCAUUUGCAUUAGGAAGUUAGGGUAUCAACUUCGCAAUGUAAAAGGCUUUUACAAUAAUAAAGUGCCAUUUAAGCCAUGUGAGUAUCAAAGAAUAAUAACAAGACACCAGGUUACAAUUUUAGAGUUGGAAGCUGCGUGGAGUGCAAACUGCUAGAUACCGUUAAUGCC